UCGAUAUGGAUCCUAUAUUGAUUCUAGGUCCGCCAGACACCGCCUGAUUUAGUGCGGCGGCGCGGUGUGCGAGCGAGCUAGACGCGAUGCACCCAACGGCCAGGUGACGCUGUCGCCUACACCCGCGGAACAUGUCAUGGGACUCUAUAGAGUCGCGCGACUUCCUCGGCGGGGUGCCGGCUCACCAGUUGUCGGCGACGCGACUGCUCAGCUCACCUGACCCGUCGCGACACCAUAUAGAUGAGCAGCCAGAAGUUUACCCAUUCUCUGAGGAUUACACAGGGGGAGACCUGCGCAAUGGGGCUCUACGGUGGGGCUCCAGAUUUGGACCAGCUCACCGCCCUCCCACCGCUGGGUUGCUUGACUGUUUCCGUGCUUGCCGAUCCAGGCUGGACCAGUAUCUAGCCAGAAGAAAGAUCGAUCGUGGAGUAAGACUCUACGGUCAGAAUGAACAACGGCUAGCAGUGAAGAUAUGGCUGUCCGCCCUCCGUGGCAUCCGACAUCGUACGGACAAGUUCACGCUGCUUGGACACUUGUACCAGGCGUACAUGGAUUUUGGGAAGUACAGAGAAUCUCUGGAGUUCGCCAAUCGUCAGCUUGGUAUAUCCGAGGAGUUAGACUCGGCACCAAUGCGGGCGGAGGCAUAUCUGAAUUUGGCGCGUGCUCACCAAACCUUGGGUGGUCUAGACAGGGCUCUGUCGUAUGCUCGCCAUGCUCUCUAUAAUGAUUGCGGUGGUGGUUCAACGGCAGGCUGCGUUCACCUCACAGUAGCGGCCGUGAGCUUGGAGUUGGGGGCGUUUUCCAAAGCGAUGGACGGGUUUCAAAAGGCGUUGGCGGUUGCACAGGGUCAGAACGAUAACACGUUGUUGCUUCAGGUGUACGUGGGCCUGUCAGAGCUAUGGCGCCGACUACGCGAUGCAGAGCGUGCUGUAGCGUGUGCUGCCCGUGCAUGCGACCUCGGCCGGACACCGCGCACUGUUGACCUCAACACUCGCCACCACCGCACCGCGCUGCUGCAGAUGGCGGCCGCUUUACGAGCCAGAGGCGAACUGGGUGACGCACACGACUAUUGCAAUGAGGCACUGCGUCUGGCGGCGGUGGCUGGUGACCAGGGAUGCUAUGCACGUGCAGUAAGAAUAGCCGGCGACGUGUACAGACGGAAGUGUGAUGUUGGAAAGGCGCUUAGGCAUUACGAAGUAGCAAUGGGGGCUGGCCAGGCACUUGGUGACAGGCUCGCCCAAAUGGAAGCUAUGGACGGCGCCGCGCGGUGUCUGGAGGCAUUGCGCCUGCAGGGCAGGAUCUGCAAUUGUAGACCAUUGGAGUUCAACACUAGAUUACUGGAGGUCGCUACUUCAGUUGGUGCUAAGAUGCUAGUACGCCGUGUACGACUAAGGCUUGCGGAGAUCUACACGGCUCUGGGCGAUAACAACGCGGCGGCACGACAGAAACGCGCGGCGGCGGCGUGGGCGGCGCCCGCGUGCGCCCGUUGUCGCGAACCUCUUGCAGAACAGCCCGAACCGCUCGCAUCACUGCCAUGCGCUCACAUAGUACAUCAUGCAUGCAUGCCGGAGUCGUGGUCUCGGCGAUCGACACGGAGCGCGGCCGGUGCAGCGAGCGCGGCGGCCGAGUGCGCCGAGUGCGCUUCUCCACGGGCGCCUCGUGCGCCUCCGCCCGCGCCGCCUGCGCCACGCACGCUACCCGCACAGGACUUCCCAUUCGGCACCCCACCAACGCUUCGAGAUUCGGACCUGAACUCCAUGGUGUCGGAUCAUAGCAGUCAGCAAGCCACAUCAAGUGUUUAAUUUGGUUAACAAUAUUUAAUUUUCAUUUUCCCUUUCACCCAGUACACCCUAUUACUAUUACCCUACAUAGAAAAAUAUGUCACUAGGCAGAGGCCUAUACAACAAAAAUAUACCUAAGGUUUUUUGUAGUAUGGUUUAUACUCAUCUGAGUUAAAAACGAUGUAAAUUAUGUAAAUUAUUUUGCGGCUUUUUGAGUUGUACCUAUAUUAUAUGUUUCUCGUAAUUUUAGUCUGAAAGUAGCUAGGUACUUCUAUAUAUCUAGAGUUUCAAAACCACCUUAGUUGUACAAAGACAAACGUCUACUCUACAAUUUCUCCGACACUGACUCUACUUUUAUUUAUUUUAUUAGUAUUACUACAUUCUUGAACUAAAUUACCAAACUACAAAGCGAGUUAUAAUUUGAGAUUGAUAGAAAUAUUGAUUCUACAUUUAGCUUGACUUUAUACUACGCGUCCUUAUAUUAUUAUUAUAUUAAUACCUGAAGAGAUACUUUGCAACUUUACAAAAUUGCGCGGAUGGAGGAGUAUUAAAUUUAGCACAUUUAUUAUAAAGAAAAAGUGCAGAAUACCAAUAUUUAUUUUUAAAUUAUGUAUAAAAUACAUUAAACCAAUAAAAAAACAUUACAUACACUAUAUGUAUUUGACACACACACGCACAUAUACUUUUUUAUUGAUUGCCUGUGCGACUACCUGUACCUCUGACUAUAAAAAUAUAUUAUCGUUAGAACCUUAAUAAUGUCAAAACUUCUAAUUUAAAUUAAUUGUGGUCGUGCUCCGACCACUGGGCGACCACUAUUUACUGUACUACGCGAUGUAAUCCGUAGGAUCGGUAGCUGUACUACAGCGUAGGCUGUAGACCUCACAGUCAUUUCAAUUGCUACGAAUGAAACGCAACAAUUAUGUUUAUUUGAAUGACGUAACUGCCAAUUGUAUCAGAUACAAUUAGUUUUACACAUUAGUUAACUAAACAAUCACUUCGGAUCUAUACACAUUCGAAUAUUGUAGACAGUAGUGCAUAUUAAUAAAAAUAAAAUAAAAAUAAAAAUUUAUUUAUUUGCUUGAAAUAUGAAAUAAAUAUUCAAAGAAUAUUAGUAUCAGGAAAAUAGUCCUCAUAUCUCGCCAUUGUUUUGGCAUGCAAACAUUGACUAACCAAUGCUAAUUAAAUUAUUAAAAAUAAUAUUUUUGUGAGACUAAUAAGCGCUUGCUACGCCGUAGACCGUAGAGUUCACUGUUAUUGGGGUUACCACCAUUGCUAAUAUAAUAUUAUUUUCUGUCUUCUUUCCAGUAGUAUUUUCUUAUUACCUAGGUAACUGUUCUACUAUACAUCUGCUAUUCUAAGGUUACUUUGUUAAGAUUGUUUUAAUCAAUAAUCUCACUUUGUUGUGUAAUAUUUAUAUAAUUCUUACUUUAUACAUAUAUUGUUGUGUACCUUUUCUUUAAUUUUACAAUGCAAAUAGGGUACAUUCUAUGAAUCUGUGUUAUGGUGUGAAACAAUGACAUUUUGUAGCAGGACCUAGCUACCAUGGCUGUAUUCAAAAUGAAAUCGCGUUGUAUUUAAUAUACUUUACCUAUAAACUACCUGUGAAAAUUAAUGAAAUACAAAACAAAUCGCGCUACGACAUAUGUAUAUACUCGUACCUCUGGUGUCCAUAAGCUACGGUAACCAUUUACCAUUAGAUGAGCCGUAUGCGUAUAUUGUUUGCCAGCAAUAUAGUAUAAAAAAUUGCGCUAGGUACCCAGCUUUUCUGUACUGUACCAUCAAUUGAGGUACUUAUACAAAUCUAAGCUCGUUUAUUGGCAAGCGUUAAAGUAUUAUUCUCGCCAAAUACGAAAUUUCUAAGCUGUUUUUUUAAUAAUCCCAAGCAUAUAUUUUUUUAGCUUUGAAAUUAUUAAAGUAUUUACUAGAUAAGGAGAAAAGGGUGAUAGAAUUACACGAAAUAAAAGAUGGUAAUGGAUCCUAUGGAAUUGUAAACGAUUGAAAAGGAACGAAUGUCCAUAUCCUUUUAAAUUAAUCUAAUAUAUAACUUUAGGGUACGAUUCCUUUAAAAGAUACGCUUUAUUAACCAAAAGGGAACCUUUGUUUUGUACGAAUUAUUAUAAAAUUAAUUAUAUAUAUAAAUAAAAAGGUAUUGAUGUAUAUUUAAAGAUAAUUAUACAUGUAUAAAUCCGUUUAAAAUGUAAUUAAUGGUUUUCGAAAGAGUAUAUUAUAUACGCUUAUAUUAUAAAUUAAAUUUGUUGCUAUAUUAUUAUACUUUUGUUGUAGGGUGUAAUAAGUAGGAAUUAAAGAAACGAUACGUAGAUUUAAUUCCCAGAUGUUCCAGAUAAAUCACUUAUUAAAUGUACUAAGUCCACGAUAAAGAUUAUUCAACUGCCAAGUAGGUGUGGUCAAUUAAUAUAAGACAUUAAACACGACGUUAAACAUAUAUACAUAUUAAUAUUUCUAUAUAUACAUAUAUAUUAUAUAUAAAAGUCAAAUAAUUGCACUAAUUUUAAAGAAGAGCAUUCUAACUGGAGUAAUGUAAAAGUAACAGUAAUAUCCAUCAGAUAUCUUUACAUAGUUUAUAAUUCGCUUCCGCUAUCUGCUCAACAGAUUUUAAUACAGUUUACAGCAAUAGUUACAGUGAUUUAAGAAUAUUUAUAUAAAUAAUAUAUACAUAUUAUGGUGCAGAAAAAUCGAAAAGUUCAAAGAUUUGAAAUGUGGUAUUGUAACAUUGCAGCGUACGAAGCCGGGGCGUUUAAUUAAGGUGGAAGUUUAAUUAACUCAUACCAUAGUUAUUUCGCUGCAUGUAAAUAAAUAUAUGUAUAUAGACAGAUUGUUUUUUUAUUGAGUGUUAAACUUUUACACUACUCCUUUAUGUUUGAACAUUACAUAAAUUCUAUCAACGUUGCUAUAUAAUUAUGUUAUUUACAAUUACGAUAUAUACUUAGAUAAACCUAUGUACAUACAUAAUAGUAAAAGCAGAUAUAUUUUACGUAAAAUAUAGUAUUUGAUAACACAUUAUUUAUUUACACACUUUUUCUUAUUACUGUUAUAUAUUUUAAAAAUAUUUAAAA